GCUUUCAUUCUUCUUCUUAGAAACAAAUAACAUGGAUAAAGUAGAGACGUAGGAGCACAUCGAAGGUAAUCCAUGGACAACGACAACGUAAUACCUGCAGAUGUAGAUCUUUUCUUUGAGGAGACGCCUAAAUUAGGCCAAGAGUUUCAUUCGCUAGAUGAUGCUCAGGUUUUUUAUAAUGCAUAUGCAAAGUUGCUUGGGUUUGGUACUAAAAUAAAAAACUCAACUGUUAACAAAGCUGGAGUCAUAACAUGGAGAGCCUUUACAUGCUCUAAAGAAGGCUGGACAAAUGUGUCUUUGCGGAAGACUAAUAAAAUUGUCUUUGAAAGAAAUAGGGGCCACUCUAGGUGUGGGUGUCCUGCUAAGAUGCAUGUUUCGAGGAAUCGACAAAGCAAUUUAUGGACCGUGACAGGAUUUGAGAAGAUCCAUAAUCAUGACCUUGUUAGUCCGAGUAAGAUACAUUUGAUUCGUUCUCACCGAGAAGUGUCAUCUUCGAAGAGAAUAUUGAUGAAUGAGUGGGGAGAUGCAAAUAUUGAGACACAUACUCAAAUUCGAUUGUUGGAGAACGAAGCUGGAGGUCUAUCUACGAUGGGUUGCACAGAGACUGAUAUAUAUAAUUACAGUGCAUCAUUGAAAUCCAAAUUUAAUGGGAUUGAUGUGAAAACAAUGAUUCAUGGAUUUCAGACUGAAAAGCAAAGGAAUUGUGACUUUGUUUACAAUUAUGAAAUUGAUAGUCAAAAGGUUCUUACUAGAUGCUUUUGGGCCGAUAGUGAUAGUAGGAAUGCAUACUUAUUUUUCGGUGAAGUGGUUGUAUUUGAUACAACAUUCAAUACAAACAAGUAUGGCUUCUAUCUUGCUCCCAUCGUUGGUGUUAAUCAUCAUCGUCAAACUACUGUUUUCGGUUGUGGUCUGCUAAGUGAUCAGUCGACAGAGUCAUUUUCUUGGCUACUAUCAAAAUUCUUGGAAGCUAUGGGUCAUAGACCCCAUCCAAAAGUAAUAAUAACUGAUCAAGAUGCCGCUAUAGCUCGAGCAGUGGGUAAUGUUUUUCCAAAUGUAUCGCAUCAUCAUUGUUUGUGGCACAUACUUAAAAAAUUCCCAGAAAAGAUGAAUGUCUCUAGCUCAUCUUAUACUGAACUCCAUAAAGAUUUAGUGGAUAUUAUAAUGAGUUCAGAGAGCACAAGUGAUUUUGAGCAACAGUGGACUGCCAAACUCUUGUUGCCAGAGUUGAAUGAUAAUAAUUGGCUUGCUGAUAUAUAUGAAAUUCGAGCAAAAUGGGUCCCUUGUUUUGUGAAACAUAUUUUUUGUGCGGGAAUGCUAAGUAGUCAGCGUGUCGAAAGCACACAUGCUUUUUUUAAAAAGUAUGUUAACAAGAAGUGCACCUUGAGCCAGUGUGUGACACGUAUUACUCGGGCUAUUGUGAGACAGAGGCAUAGAGAGCUUAUUGCUGAUCACCGCGACCGUAAUGAAGUUCCUCAGAUAAAUUCAAGCUAUUUAAUGGAACGACAAAUGGCGAAAAUAUACACAAAGGCAAUAUUUUGUAAGUUCCAGAAAGAAUUCGACAAGUGUGCUCUUUACACUUCUCACAACAGAUUCAGCCCACUUUUAAAAGAUAAGUACUCUUUAAUUUUUAAUUUUUAUAUUAUUUAUAUUUAUUUAAAUCACUUUUUGUCGGGCGAAUGUCGCACUAUCACGCACUUAUGAUCAAAUGCCUAGUAGAGUGUGGCUUGAGACCCAUCACUAGGAUUUAAAACCCUAACCAAGAUCAGGCACAAAGCCCCGACCAAGUCGGGCGUGAAGACAAAGCCCCGACCAAGUCGGACAUGAAGACCGGUCUUAGUCAUUCCUCGAGUGGCGACCGUUGCUUAAGAAUGACUCACACAUCCAUUCUACUAAGUAUUUUAUCAUUACAUUAACAAUUCACAUCUCCACUUGUUUCAAGUGACGAACUCCCGAUCGGAAGCAUAAAUCCCAAGAAAAAAAAUUAUAUGUAUGUUAAAUGUGUAGGUACAAAGAUGACUUUACUCAUUUUCACCUCAUCUCCACACUCCUCAAGGAGUGCGGGACUGGGGGACUGAGAGGUCAAAGUUUCUAGAUGAGCAGAAAAUAUUACGCAUGAGCAGGAACGAGAGCUGAGUCAGUUGAAGAGGAGCUGAGCUAGAUUGAUUAUGCCGGAGGGGACUUACCUUCCUUGUUUCAUGUUGGGGGCGCUAGGUGUACUCUUUUUCCCUUUAUUAGGAUUUUUCCCAUUGAGUUUUUUCCUAGUAAAGGUUUUUAACGAGGCACCUCCCCAUCAUUGACAAGGGUGGUGGUCCCCCGGCCAAAGAGGAAGAAACCGAAGACAGAAGAACAUUGCAGAUACAAUUUGGACUACUCCCUUUCGCCUCGAGUACUCUCGACGCAGGGAGUGGGGGACUCCGGAUGGAGUAUAUGGACUCCGACCCCCCGUUAUGCCGACUACUGGGCCUGGACAGCGGCCCACACACGUUUGACGGAUUCAUAUUAUUGUACAUUAUUAUUCAAAUGUUCUAGAUUAGCUUUUUAUACUAUCAGUCCAUUUAUGUAACCGGGUCUGUCAGGACCGUAUUAGAGGCCCAGACCUGGAUUUUCCCUAGAUAUACUCCUUAUAGGAGGCUUGUAAACUGACAACUCAAGAACUCAUAGUUAAUACACAAUACACAU